CAGGAACUGGGUUCAGUGAAGUGAAAUAUCAGGAGCAAUUAAAAAAUCAGCUUUUAACAACGUAUCAGCAUUUAAUUUCCAUAUCGACGUAUAGUGAUCAAAAGCAUAUCGAGCCAUUUAUUGAACGAUUUACCAAAUGGAGAGAAAACAUCAACGAAAUUUAA